AUGACGGUGUCGUCGCUGGGAGUCACCACUUUCAGCCUCUGUGCCCUGGGCAUCGACAGGUUCCACGCGGCCACCAGCCCCCAGGCCAGUGCCCGGCCCAUCGAGCAGUGCCAGUCCAUCAUCGCCAAGCUGGCCGUCAUCUGGGUGGGUUCCAUGACACUGUCGGUGCCAGAGAUCCUGCUCUGGCAGCUGUCACAGGACACAUCGCCCGUGUCCGGUGUGGUGACGGAGUAUUGCACCAUGAAGCCCUCGUCCAACCUGCCCGAGUCUGUCUACUCGCUGGUGCUCACCUACCAAAACGCUCGGAUGUGGUGGUACUUUGGUUGCUACUUCUGCUUGCCCAUCCUCUUCACCGUGAGCUGCCAGCUGGUGACCCGGAGGAUCAGCAGCACAGAGAAGACCGAGUGCCGAGGGACCAAGCACAGCCAGUGUGAGAGUCACUUGAACUGCACCAUCAUUGGGCUGACCAUCAUCUACGGGCUCUGCACCACCCCUGAGAACGUCUGCAACAUUGUGGUGGCCUACAUGUCCCUCGACAUGUCCAAGCAGACCUUGGAUCUGCUCAACCUCAUCAACCAGUUCUUCUUAUUCUUCAAGUGCUCGGUGACACCCAUCCUGCUCCUGUGCCUCUGCAGACCCCUAGGACAGGCCUUCAUGGACUGCUGCUGCUGCUGCUGCGAGGGCUGCAGCCCUGACGCUGCCUCCAGCGAGGGCAGCGCCGACAGCAAGCUCAAAACAGAGAUGUCCUCCUCCAUCUUCUUCGACAAGCCCCGGGAGUCCCCUCCACCCCUCCUGGCCCUCGGCACGCCUUGCUAAGUGCCACCGGGGAGCUGUAGAGAUCGAUCCACCACCUCCUCCCAAAACCAAACGUUGUUUUGCCAUUAGUGCCUGUGUCUGGAUGUGGAGCAAGCAGAAGAGACAGCUCAGGGGGCUGCACCAUGGGCUUCAAGCCCCACAUUGGGAAAGCGGGUCUGGAAACCCCAGUCCCUGCUUCUUGCCUCUGCCCAAAGGCCAGCAAGGACAUCAG